UGGGAAAAUAGAAAAUAAACAAUGGAACCUGCUUUUAAAUUCGAAAAUCCGAGAUCAAAUAGUUGCAUUUCAGAUAGUAGUGGCAGUGGAGAAGAUGUGGACCAUGGAUUAGAAGAACUGACCAUUAUCACUAAUCUUCCAGAAUCUCCAUUGAAAGGACCAAAAUCACCACUUAAAGCACCGAAAUCACCUACAAAGUCAGGAAUAAACAAAAAAAUAUCCUUCACUACAUCAUCUAAAUCUCAACGCGUUUAUCAGUCCGGGUUAAGAACUUUAUAUACAUCUGGAAGACCUCCAUGGUAUGAUUCACAUGGAUCAUUGAAAGAACCAUUUGUUAUAGGUGUAUGUGGUGGCAGUGCCUCCGGUAAAACCACUGUGGCCAGGAAGAUAAUAGAAGCUUUAGAUGUUCCCUGGGUCAGUUUACUGAGUCUGGACUCAUUCUACAAAGUAUUAAAUGAAGAAAUGCAUGAGACUGCUAAUAGAAAUGAAUACAACUUUGAUCAUCCUGAUGCCUUUGAUUUUGAUUUAUUGAUAGACACACUACGCCGAUUAAAAGAUGGCAAAAGUGUGGAAGUUCCUAUUUAUAACUUCAUCACACACAGUAGAGAUCAAAAUACAAGAACGAUAUAUGGGGCCAAUGUUGUAAUAUUUGAAGGCAUAAUGAGCUUUGUGAAUAAAGAAUUAUUAGAUUUAAUGGACAUGAAGAUAUUUGUAGAUACAGAUUCUGAUGUACGGCUGGCACGACGAUUGAAGCGUGACAUAGCUGAACGAGGAAGAGAACUAGAGGGUGUUCUCAAGCAGUAUAAUACAUUUGUAAAGCCAGCCUUUGAUCAUUGGAUUUCUCCUACAAUGUCAUGUGCAGAUAUAAUUGUACCCAGAGGAGGAGAGAAUAUUGUUGCUAUUCAGUUGGUUGUGUUGCAUGUCCAUGGUCAGUUACAAAAGAGAGGUUUCAAGUUGAGGUCCAAACUGGCACAUUCUGCAGACAAUGGUUGUAAGAAACCAGAUACACUGUUUGUAUUAGAACAAACCCCACAGAUUCAGGGAUUACACACAUUUGUAAGGAAUAGAGAGACUCCACGAGAUGAAUUCAUAUUUUAUUCUAAAAGACUAAUGCGGUUGUUGUUUGAGUAUGCUGUUUCUUUAUUACCUUUUAAAACUGUCAGUGUAGAUACACCACAAGGAACCACAUAUCAUGGGAGACGAUUAGAUGCUGACAAGAACUCUAGUCCAAUGAUUUGUGGAGUAUCAAUCUUGAGAGCUGGAGAAACAAUGGAACAAGCCUUAUGUGAAGUUUGUAAAGAUGUGCGUCUUGGUAAAAUACUCAUACAGACAAACUUUGAUACAGGAGAACCAGAGUUGCAUUACCUGAGGUUGCCAAAGGACAUAAAAGAAAGUCAGGUGAUUUUAAUGGAUGCCACUGUGGCCACAGGAGCAGCUGCCAUGAUGGCUAUACGUGUUCUUCUGGACCAUGAUGUUCCGGAGGAAAAUAUUACUUUGACGUCUUUAUUGAUGGCUGAAUCUGGUGUUCACUCAGUUGCCUAUGCCUUUCCUAAGGUUAAGAUUGUCACAACAGCUGUUGAUAAAGAAGUAAAUGAAAAAUUCCAUAUUCUGCCUGGAAUAGGGAACUUUGGAGACAGAUACUUUGGAACAGACUUUGAAAAGCUAGUACAGGUAGACAGGACUCAGAUGACAAGAUGUUAUUCAGAACCUGGAUGUCGUGAUGUAGAACAAGCAGAAUAAUAUAGAGAAGAUUGUACAAAAUAAAUCAUUCCUGCUGACAUUUCAGGAUAGCUAGGAUUUUAAUGUUUUAUUGGUUGUCUCCAGUCCUUGUAUUUUUAUGUACUGGUAGCUUGACUUGGCAUUAUCAUUUCUCAUUCUUUUUAUUUUAGAUUUUAUUAAUGAA